UUUUUAACUAUCUGUAUAUAGUCGUUGCUAGUAGUGGGAGCGCACCAAGCAAUCAAGGCAAUCGGACGUGAUCGGAAAUCGCCGCUCUUCAUCCAGCUCCUACAAUCUUUAUUUCUUUGGUUUCCUUAUUUGAUAUUCUUCUCCCCAUCCUACUCCAAGACUGCACAGAAGAAGACUUGAUCUAUCUAUCUCCUGCUGUAUUUAAUUGCUGGGACAUUGCAAAGCGUUGUGGAAUAAGGGAGAAGCUCACAGCUUGUUGAAACGUGGGGCUGGUCGUGCCGGCUCGUAUUCCGGUGGAAUUCCUUUAGGAAUCUCGCAAGUGAUAGCCGAGUCUGAAAUCGACGUUUCACGGCCAGGGAUGCUGCUUUCAAAAAUCGGAUCUCUUGCUCAUAUGUACUCGACAUCAAGCGUGGAUAUGCCGGCGAAAAUUCAAUUGCAACAAGUGAAAGAGCGGGAGCCAUUUGAGAAGAUUUAUCAAGUUGGACCGGUCCUCGGUAGCGGUGGGUUUGGAACCGUUUAUUCGGGAGUUCGAGUCGCGGACGGGGCGCAGGUUGCUAUCAAACACGUUGCCAAAGAUCGAGUGUCAGAAUGGGCUGAAUUGUCUAACGGAGCCAGGGUUCCCAUCGAAAUUGCCCUCCUGAAGCGGGUGGGAACGGGAUGCCGGGGUGUCAUCAAAAUGAUGGACUGGUUCGAGAGACCCGAUAGUUUUAUAAUCGUCAUGGAGAGGCCGGAGCAAGUUAAGGACCUGUUCGAUUUUAUCACCGAGAAGGGAGCCUUGCCGGAGGAUUUAGCCAAGAACUUUUUCCGCCAGAUCUUGGAGGCGGUGAGGCAUUGUCACGGCUGCGGGGUGAUUCACCGGGACAUCAAGGACGAGAACAUUCUCAUCGACAUAAGGAACUGGGAACUAAAGCUGAUCGAUUUCGGCUCGGGAGCGCUGUUAAAGGAUACAAUCUACACCGACUUUGACGGAACCAGAGUGUACAGUCCUCCAGAGUGGAUCCGUUACCACAGAUACCACGGCAGAUCUGCAACUGUAUGGUCCCUGGGCGUACUGUUGUACGACAUGGUGUGUGGAGACAUUCCAUUUGAGCAAGACGAGGAAAUAAUUCGCGGACAAAUUUUAUUCAGACGAAGAAUUUCAUCUGAAUGUCAACAUCUCAUCAAGUACUGUCUUUCCUUGAGGCCCUCUGAUCGGCCAUCGUUUGAAGACAUUAUCAAUCACCCUUGGAUGGAGAAUGGUGUUGUUUCACAAGAUGACAUUGGACUAAGACUGCACAGUCUGAGCUCAGAAUCAGCGAGCAUUACCCAAGCAAAUUAGGACUUGCAAAACAAGGUGGACUGAUGCUCGUAGAACCAUUUGCCUUCUCUUUGGAAGAACCAAAAAACCUGCCUGGUUUGGAUCUACCAGAUUCCACAGCCUUUUAUAAACCUUGCGAUUAGUGUGAGGGGUGAUGACAAAACAGGAAUCGCCCCCGUCCCCAUCUGCCUCCAUUCCGGUUGAUAGGAACCUGAACCGUGCGUUACGACAAGCCUGACUCUUCCCCUUCGAGUGCCUUUUAUAACCACUGGACCCACCAACUUACAAUGAAAUACUUGAAUCUCUGCUGCUUCUUCGUAAAUUUCUCUGCACAACCAUCAUACGUACACACAAAAA